UCUAGGAACAAAGAGGGGAAUUGAUGAGUUUGCCUUGAUGACCUGUUCUGCUUCGCAAUAACACAGCAAGGCCUACUGAAGGAAAAAAUUUACUGGCUGGGGUAAACAGGCCAGAUUUAUGACCUUGCUAGAUAAGAGAGUUCUCGCAGGGUCUGGGAAAAAUACUUGCAGAAGCUGGUUUGAAGCAACUUGUACCUUUUUGAAGCUUAUCAAGAAAUAACAGUUGCUCUUUGUUUUUCUCUUCUGUGCUGGGAAAGUAUAACUGGGAAGGUGCAGUGAUGACGCGACGUAAGUGACGACGCCAUGGAGCCGAUAAUAAAACACAGUUUGAAUCUGCAGAGGGCAGUGGCUGGUUCUGUGUGGAGAACAGGCUGGUUCUUUGUUGACGUGUGCAUGCAUUAAUAAAGAACUUGGCAUUUGGACUUUGCUGGGUUGUUUGUCUCUUUGCGGGACGGUCCUGGAAAGUCUGGGAUAGAGAUAACCCAGACACAGAGAAACCAUCCAAUGGGAAGAAAGGGGUCGAGCGCAUCACGAGCUUCCUGGGACUGCAGCCCCCGGCGCAGUUCCUCAUUCCGCUCGCACUCAGGCAUCAGGCUGGGUGGAGCUCAGCACUGGGGUGUUGGUGGCAGCGCUGAGGGUCCUGCACUGCCCCAUUAUGGUGUCUGCUCUGACCGUCCUCCUCCUCGGCUGCUGGCUGGCCGGGCACAGCGGGGCGUGGGGAGAGCCCAGCUACCCCAAACCCACCAUCUCUGGGAUCCCCAGCAAGGGGGUUUCAUUGGGGGGAUCCGUGAGCAUCUGGUGUAAGGGGCAGCACCAGGCCAUGCAGUUCGUGCUGUAUAAAGAUGGACGCCAUCUCCAAAGUGUGGAUGCGGACUCAGAGGCUCUGUUUCUCAUCAACAACGUGAGCCGGGAGCACGGCGGGAGCUACAGCUGCUCCUAUCGCAGCAGAUCGGAGCCGGUCAACGUGUCGGACCCCAGUGACCCCGUGGAGCUGGUGGAAGAGGAGCCACACCGAGACUAA